AGAUAGAGAGGCGGGGAGGAGAGGAGAGGGGCGCCCAGAAAACGCCCUGCAGCCGAAUCCUCUCAAAAUUAAAACUUUAUCGCGCCAUUGACGGUACGCUCGCAUGAAAGGAUGAGAAGUUUGAUCCCGCUCAGUUGUUGAAAGUAACCACUUAACAGACUGUUUUGAGGGGAAGUUUGGAAAACCUCAGUUGUUCCCAUUGGAUUAUUUUUUUCUUGCUCUAUUCUGGACGAGCCCGGGGUACUUUUGGAGGGCGGCGAGUCGGAGGCUGUCUAGGCCCGCUGCUCGACAACUUGAAAGAAGAUAUUGUAUCUUUAAUGUGAACCAGAAAAGUUGUGCAGAUCGCUCUUCAUUGCUCAUACUGGCGCCAGGACAAGGUAAAAAUGUCGCUAGGAGCGGAGAGAAGGAUGGAAAACCGGCUGAGACAACUGGAAGCCAUGAUCAAAGAGCCGCGGUCUGCGAUCAACUUGGAAAGUUUGCUGGACUCCAUGAAUGCCCUGGUUUUAGAUCUGGACUCUCCGGCCUUACGUAAAAAUAAGAACAUUGAGACCUUCUUGAACAGAUAUGAGAAGGUCAUGGGCCAAACAAGAGAGCUGCAGAUGAAGCCAGAGGAUUUUGACCGAGUGAAGGUGAUCGGUAGAGGAGCAUUCGGAGAAGUCCAGUUGGUUAGGCAUAAGGCCUCUCAGAAGGUGUACGCAAUGAAGGUGCUCAGUAAGUUUGAAAUGAUCAAACGCUCAGAUUCUGCCUUCUUCUGGGAGGAACGUGACAUCAUGGCAUUUGCCGACAGCCCAUGGGUCGUACAGCUGUGCUGUGCUUUCCAGGAUGACCGUUCUCUCUACAUGGUAAUGGAAUACAUGCCAGGAGGAGAUCUAGUCAAUCUCACCAGCACAUACGACGUUCCAGAGAAGUGGGCAAAGUUCUACACUGCCGAGGUUGUGUUGGCUUUGGACGCUAUUCAUUCCAUGGGCUUUAUUCACCGAGACGUCAAACCAGACAACAUGCUGCUGGACCGCAACGGACACCUCAAACUUGCCGACUUUGGGACCUGCAUGAAAAUGGAUGGGACGGGGAUGGUUCAUUGUGACACUGCGGUUGGAACCCCUGAUUACAUCUCGCCAGAGGUUCUCAAGUCUCAGGGAGGGGACGGAUACUACGGACGCGAGUGUGACUGGUGGUCGGUGGGAGUAUUUAUCUAUGAGAUGUUGGUUGGUGAUACACCCUUCUAUGCCGAUUCUUUGGUGGGGACCUACAGUAAGAUUAUGGACCAUAAGAACUCUCUUAACUUCCCUGAUGACGUUGAUAUCUCUCAAGAAGCCAAAAACAUCAUCUGUGCCUUCCUAACUGACAGGGAGAUUCGCCUGGGCCGAAAUGGCGUAGAAGAAAUUAAAAGAAAUCCUUUCUUUAGAAACGACCAGUGGACCUUCAGCACCAUUAGAGAGACUGCAGCCCCUGUGGUUCCAGAGCUGAGCAGUGACAUAGACACCAGUAAUUUUGAUGAGAUAGAGGAGGAUAAAGGAGAAGUGGAGACCUUUCCUACACCCAAAGCCUUUGUUGGCAAUCAGCUUCCGUUCGUAGGGUUCACCUACUUUAAAGAAGACCAGUUGUUGAAUGCCGUUAACAGUUCAGCAAUGAAAAAUGAUCUCCCAGUAUCUAAGAGAGAGGACAAUUUAGCACUCCAGAAGAAACUUCAUUCUCUAGAAGAGCAGCUCAAUAUUGAAAUGCAGGCCAAAGAUGAGCUGGAGCAAAAAUUCAGAAGCAACUGCAGCCGCCUAGAAAAGAUCACCAAAGAGCUCGAUGAAGAGAUAAAUGGCAGAAAAGUGUUGGAGACGUCUCUGAGACAGCUGGAGAGAGAGAAAGCUCUCCUGCAGCACAAGAGCGUAGAGAGUCACCGCAGAGCGGAGAGUGAAGCCGACCGCAAACGCUGCCUGGAGAAUGAAGUGAACAGUCUGAGGGAUCAGCUGGAUGAAAUGAAGAAGAAAAACCAGAACUCGCACAUCUCCAAUGAGAAGAACAUCCAUUUGCAGAAACAGCUGGAUGAGGCGAAUGCGUUACUGCGGGCAGAAUCUGAUGCGGCUACACGGCUGCGUAAAGCUCAGACAGAGGGCUCCAAACAGCUGCAGCAGCUGGACGCUCAUGCAAGAGAACUGCAGGACAAGUGCUGCAUGCUGGAGAACAGCAAGCUCACGCUGGAGAGAGAGAACAUCAGCCUGCAGGCAGCGCUGGACUCAGAGAAACGAGAGCACACCCAGGGCUCUGAGACUAUCUCUGAUCUACUGGCACGAAUCUCUGGUUUGGAGGAGGAAGUGAAACAGGUGAGACAAGCCCUAUCUAAAGCUGAGACCGAGAAGAGGCAACUUCAGGAGAAGCUAACAGACAUGGAGAAGGAGAAGAGCAAUAACCAGAUUGACAUGACGUAUAAGCUGAAGGUGUUGCAGCAAGGUUUGGAGCAGGAGGAGGCGGCACACAAGGCCACAAAAGCUCGACUUGCCGACAAGAGCAAGAUCAGCGAGUCCAUUGAAGGAGCAAAAUCUGAGGCUGUGAAGGACCUGGAACAAAAGCUGCAGGAGGAGCGUUCCUCUAAACUGCGUGUGGAGAACAGGGUGUUAGAACUGGAGAAGAAGAACUCCAUGCUUGACUGUGAUUAUAAACAGUCACUGCAGAAACUAGAGGAACUGCGGCGACAUAAAGAGAGACUCACAGAAGAGGUGAAGAAUUUUAGUCUGAAGAUUGAGCAAGAAGUUCAGAAACGCACUUUGACUCAGAAUGACUUGAAAGUUCAAAACCAGCAGCUCAGCACCCUCCGAACAUCAGAGAAACAGCUCAAACAGGAGAUCAACCACCUGCUGGAAAUCAAACGCAGCCUGGAAAAACAAAACAUGGAGCUGCGCAAGGAGCGUCAGGAUUCGGAUGGACAGAUGAAGGAACUGCAGGAUCAGUUGGAGGCAGAGCAGUAUUUCUCCACCCUGUAUAAGACACAGGUGCGGGAGCUGAAGGAAGAGUGUGAGGAGAAAAAUAAACUCUAUAAAGACAUGCAGCAGAAUCUACAGGAGUUACAGGAGGAAAGGGAUUCUCUUGCGGCCCAGUUGGAGAUCACACUAACGAAAGCUGACUCCGAGCAACUGGCACGCUCCAUUGCGGAGGAGCAGUAUUCCGACCUGGAGAAGGAGAAGAUCAUGAAGGAGCUGGAGAUCAAAGAGAUGAUGGCCAGACACAGACAGGAGCUCGCUGAAAAAGACACCACCAUCACCUCUUUAGAGGAAGCUAAUCGCACAUUGACAAAUGAUGUCGCAAACCUGGCCAAUGAGAAAGAAGAGCUCAACAACAAGCUAAAGGAGGCACAAGACUACCUGCAGAAUCUGAAGAAUGAAGAGCAGUCCAUCACUCAAGUGAAACUGGCCCUUGAGAAACAGCUGCAGUCAGAGAGAACUCUCAAAACACAGGCGGUGAACAAGCUGGCAGAGAUCAUGAACAGAAAGGAGGUCAGAGGUGGAGGCAGUCGCCGUGGAAAUGAUACAGACGUGAGGAGGAAGGAGAAAGAAAACAGGAAGUUGCAGCUGGAGCUUCGUUCUGAGAGGGAGAAACUCAACAGCACCAUCAUCAAAUACCAGAGAGAAAUCAACGACAUGCAAGCACAAUCGGCGGACGAGUCUCAGGUGCGUGUCGAGCUGCAGAUGGCUCUCGACAGUAAAGACAGUGAUAUUGAGCAGCUGCGCGGCCUGUUGAACUCUCUCAACGUCCAGUCGCUCGACUCGGCCAGUAUGAGCAGUGGCCCAGACAUGGACACUGACGAGUCACUACCAGAGAUCAGACUGGAGGGCUGGUUGUCUAUACCAGUAAGGAACAACACCAAACGCUUUGGGUGGGAAAAGAAGUAUGUUGUGGUGAGCAGCAAGAAGAUUCUCUUCUACAACAGCGAGCAGGACAAAGAGCUUUCCAAUCCUUACAUGGUGUUGGACAUAGAUAAACUUUUCCAUGUGCGUUCGGUAACUCAGACGGACGUUUAUCGAGCUGACGCCAAAGAGAUCCCCAGAAUAUUUCAGAUCUUGUAUGCUAAUGAGGGUGAGAGCAAGAAGGAGCAAGAGGAACCUCUUCCUGGGGACAAGUCCAGCUACAUUUGCCAUAAGGGUCAUGAGUUCAUCCCCACCCUGUACCACUUUCCCACUAACUGUGAAGCCUGUACCAAACCCCUGUGGAACAUGUUCAAACCACCUCCAGCCCUGGAAUGCAGACGAUGCCACAUCAAGUGCCACAAAGACCACAUGGACAAGAAAGAAGAAAUCGUCGCCCCCUGCAGAGUGAACUACGACGUGUCUACUGCUAAAAACCUGCUGCUGUUAGCCUUGUCUCAGGAGGACCAGCAGAAGUGGGUUAGUCGGCUCAUGAAGAAGAUCCCCAAAAAACCUCCAGCACCAGACGCCCCUCACCGCUCCUCUCCCAGAGUUCCUGCUAAAGUGCAAAGCAGUCAAUCCAUGAGGAGACCCAGCCGACAAAUACCUUCCGGCAAACCCAGUUAACCUUAUAUUGGGAAUCUGGUGCUGCUACAUGGUGAUUUGGGGUUCUUCCUGUCACAUCAACAAAAGACCUUUGUCGUUACUUUUCGCACAUUUUGGCAAAUCCCCAAAAAAGUGAGAGAUACACAAAUGUUGAUGAAGGCUUUGCUGGCGUGAUAUGGCUUUUAUUUUCUGGGCAUGCGGUUGCUUCGACUUCAAGAGCACAACAGAUCUACACAGAACUGAAGGGUCAGCGUCACACCAAACUUCUUAUUCAUUCAAGGCCAGAGUUGACCUGAACGCUAAGACUGAACCGGCCAGAGAAUGUGGACGACAGCUGGUUCUGACCGUAGUCUUUUUUUUCUCUUUUUUUUUUAUGGCUGAAUAUAGACGGUAGUGCAACACACCACAUAAACGGCUAGAAAACACCACUACAUAUGUUUCUCAUUCCUUCAUAAAUGCAAGUGCAACUCUGGUGUUUCUUCUUGUAGAGUGUUUUUAUCUUUAUUUACCCCCACGUGCGAUCAUACCCUCUUUGAUCACGGAUGCAUCCCAUAAUGCUCUCCUGGACACCUGUGUGGCUCACUCACUAGAAUGAGUUGACUGUAAUCUGAGGAGGAAGCUUUAUUAAUGGUUGUGAUUAACAGUGACCAACAUCUAGAUGUGAGCUGUGCAUGUGGGCAGGAGUUUCUCAAACGUUUCCAGAUUUGAAAUUGAUCUGCAAGUCUGUUUUGGGGUGGUCAUCUUAUGAAUUUGGUCAUCGGCUGUUAAAAGUUGAAAUUUAGAU